AGAGGUAGCGCAUUCAUAAUAUUCUUUGAUUCUCUCAUUUUUCAUUUCUUCCUCCUUUUCCAUUUCUCUCUCUUCCACCCCAAAACCCUCAUUUUCUCUCUCUUCUAAGCUUUGACAAUCUUCAAAUAUGGUGAAGGGUCCUGGACUUUACUCUGACAUCGGCAAAAAAGCUAGAGAUCUUCUGUAUAGGGAUUAUCAGAGUGACCAUAAGUUCACACUCACCACUUACACCGCCAAUGGAGUUGCUAUUACUUCUACUGGGACAAAGAAGGGUGAGUUGUUUUUGGCUGAUGUGAGCACCAAGCUGGUAAACAAAAAUAUUACCACAGACGUGAAAGUUGAUACCAACUCCAAUCUUUUCACCACAAUUACUGUUGAUGAGCCUGCCCCUGGCUUGAAGGCUAUUUUCAGCUUUCGUGUUCCUGAUCAGAGAUCUGGCAAGGUUGAACUCCAGUAUUUGCAUGAGUAUGCUGGUAUCAGCACGAGCCUUGGUUUGACAGCAAACCCCAUUGUUAACUUUUCGGGUGUUAUUGGAAACAGUACUCUUUCUUUGGGUACUGACCUUUCAUUUGACACUACUUCUGGAAAUUUCACCAAGUGCAAUGCUGGAGUGAGCUUUACCAAUGAAGAUCUCAUUGCAUCCGUGAACUUGAAUGACAAACUGGACAUCUUGAAUGCUUCAUACUAUCAUACUGUUAGUCCAUUGACCAACACAGCUGUUGGUGCAGAGCUGAACCACAGUUUCUCAAGUAAUGAAAAUACACUCACCAUUGGUACUCAACAUGCAUUGGACCCAUUGACUUCAGUCAAGGCUCGUGUUAACAACUAUGGAAAGGCAAGUGCCCUUAUCCAGCACGAAUGGCGCCCCAGAUCAAUUGUCACUCUCUCUGGUGAGGUCGACACAAGUGCCAUUGAAAAGAGUGCUAAACUUGGAUUGGGCUUGGUUUUGAAGCCUUGAAAAGUGCCUGAUGAUCUUGAUAGUUUCAGUUGAGAUGAUCUUGAUGGUUUCUGUUUGGGAAAAUAAUUAGGCGAAGACUUGUAGUGAACUUUUUGUUUGGAAUGUAUUCAUGGGUUUGUUGACUUGCGUCAUUUUGGUGGUCAAUUGUAAAAAAUAAUUCUAGCUGGUGGCGUACCAGUUGCCUUUUGUUUCCAGCCCUUGGUCUAUGGAUUCUUUAAUCUCUGACUCGAUGAGAUUUUAUGAGCCAGGUUUCACUGAUGAGAUUUUUUUUUGCAAGUAUAUGACUUUUUCCCCCCUGUAUUAUUUCUUUACCUAUUUUAAUUUCCAUCCCAUAUCUUCUCUUC